GCUGUUGUAGGUACUGUCGGAGAUUUCCGAGAUAAGCCAAAAUACUUUGAUUUUUGUUGUCGCAUGCCCACAUUUGCCUAGUGCUGUUUUCGUAUGAUCCAGUACUCUAGUGACAGGGUAGGAGUAUUACGUAUUCAUGAUCGUCAAAGAAGACGGUUAAGAACGGUCUUGUGUCAUUGCCCCCUGGACUUGUGGUCGUGAGGCUCUCUCGGUUGGAUUCCUCAGUUCCCCUGAAGAGCUCCAAGAGGAAAGAUGUUUUUGAGGAACACUAAGGAGACCUUCGUUUUCAUUCUGCUCUUCGGAUGCCAAUGCCAUGGCUUUGACCAAGUGGGCUCUAAUGAGCAAGUCUUUGACCCUGUGGUGUCCAAUGAACAUAGCUUUGAUUCUUCGAUUGAAGACGAUCGAGAAUUUGAGACUAGCGCCCACCACAGCUACAGAGGAUACUAUGUCUUGAACAAAGGCCAACAAAACAAUUACCGAGGUAGUACCAGCCAUCAACGAACGCCUUCAGCUAACCACGGUGUGUGGUAUCCUAAACAACAAAUAAGUACUUCGAACAACCACAACCAGGGCGGUAGCACCUACAACUACAACACUCCCAACCCACAAAGCCACAACCCACAGUCAACUACAUCCUUCACCCCACAACAAGGUCAAAUCCGAGAGCGCCUACGUGCUUAUGGAUUCUCUCAGUUGUCCAAUUUCAUCGACUUGGCUGGCUUGAGCGAGGCCUUGGAUCAAACCGGCCAGACCUUCACUGUGUUUGCUCCGUCGGACGAGGCCUUUAAAAACUUCAUUAAUAAUCAGCCCGAGGAUGUCAUUAACACUUUGUUGGAAGAGCCCGAGGCGCUGAAGGAACUCUUGCUCCAUCACGUAGUUCCGGGAAAGCUCAUGGCAGAAGACCUCAAGGACCAACAAAGCUUAGUCAAUCUGCGAGACCAAAUGCUUAAGGUCUUGUUUGCAAAAGAUGACGAUAAGUUAAUCAGCGGUUCCAAGCUAAUGACACAGGAACGACGAGUGAAUAUUCAGGCCAAUAAUGGAAUUAUUCACGGCAUCUCCGACGUUAUCUACCCAUUUGCAUCAAAAGGAGACAUGAUGAAUGCCAAGGGAAAAAGGAUCUUAGCAAUCGACGACGACGACCCGGAACUGAUUAAGAAAGUCCAGCAAGGUUCCCUCAAAGGAAUCAAUUUAUCCCCCAACGUGAGAGCGUGGUUUGGAGUGCCUUACGCCCAGCCACCCGUUGGCGAGCUUCGUUUCUCACCUCCCGUGGACUUGGAGGAACGUGAUGACGACGAUGUCUUAGAAACUCGAUCCCAGCCCAAUAGCUGCAUCCAAGCUCUGGACCAAUCCGACUCGUCAGGAUCAUUUAUAUGGAACACUAGAGAGGACCUCUCCGAAGACUGUCUGUACUUGAACAUUUACGCCCCCAGAAAUGCCAGCGAACUAUUGCCGGUCUUAGUUUGGAUUCACGGAGGAUCUCACUCGACAGGGGCCGCUUCUUUGGACAUCUAUGAUGGCCAACAAUUGGCCCUCAGAGGAGAAAUCAUCUUUGUGGCCAUUCAAUUCCGCUUGGGACCCUUGGGUUUCAUGUACCUGGGCGAGAGGUCAGGCAUCCCGGGAAACAUGGGACUUUUGGAUCAGGUCAAGGCACUCGAUUGGAUCAGUCAAAACAUUCAGACCUUCAAUGGAGAUCCCAAUGAUGUAACACUCAUGGGCGAGAGCUCUGGCGCACAUUCGGUGGCCUUGCACAUGAUUUCGCCUAAAUCGGAGGGUCUUUUCCACAAGGCCAUUCUUCAAUCCGCGGGCUUGAAUCCGACUUGGGGAUACAAAACUCCGGAAAUGGCCCUUGAAAAUGCACGUAAAUUGAGUUCGCUGUUGGAUUGUCCCGAGGACCCCGAGGAGACCCUAACCUGCCUGAGGGAAAAGGAUGCCGAGGAAAUCACGUCCAAAGCAGCUGAAAUUCUGGAUGGCGAGAUUUAUUCCAACCCCUUUGUUGUCACGUUAGACGGCAAUUUCAUCACCGAAGCACCGCAAGAAGCUUUGGAAAAUGACGUGAUCUCUUCUAAGAUCCCAGUUUUAUUGGGAUCCAAUGCCAACGAAGGGUUCUAUGAUUUGAUGGCCUUCAAACCAGACAUUUUCCCUGACCGGCAACUAGACAUGAGUGACAUGGAACUGAGUGAGAAAGAUUUCGAAGAUGUAAUCGAGUCGAUAUUUCCCAACUACCCGGCUUUCAUUCGACGUCUCAUUCGUCAUGAGUACAAGGAUAUGAUCGCUUCAAACGUGACCGGUAGGUUCCAAGCAUUGGAUCAGAUCUUUGGGGAUGCGUCUUAUGUGUGCGAUACCGAACAUUUUGCUCAAACUGUAUCUGGACAAGGGAACAAUGUUUACAGAUACCAUUUCAAUCAUCGUUCUUCACAAGAUCCUUGGCCAAAGUACAGUGGCAGUAAGCAUGGUGACGAAAUCGAAUUCGUCUUCGGCAGUCCAUUGAAAAAUAACAGUCUAUAUAAUGGGGAUGAAUUGUCAUUGACUGAAACCAUGAUGACAUACUGGCUCAACUUUAUAAAGACUGGAAAUCCUAAUCCUUUGACGCUUUUGACUUCUUGGCCCAAAUACGAAGAGCCUCGGUGGGCCUAUCUGAAUCUCACGGCCGAGUUCAAUGAUGGCAAAGUCUUUGAACGUGGGUUGGAUGGGAGAUGCGAAUUCUGGAACGAGAUCUUGCCUGCCUUGCUAAAGGAGCUCAAUACGGAUGUCAAAGAAGAAAACCAAGCAGACGAGGAAGCUCGAGAGUUCUUUUAAACUCGCAAGUAGCCGCUCGAAUUUUUAUACUGCCUAGUACUCCAGUACUCUGUGUGAGUACACAUCAACUGAAUACUGAUGAUCUUAUAUGCCAAAGCCGGUGAUGGAACACGAUGAAAGAAGCAGCAGGACAAAUAAAGCUCUUUCUCAAAUGCA